AUCGCACAUCCCUACCAGUAGGUCAGAUGAAAACUUUUUUUUUCAAUUGUGUAUAUAUGUAUAAAUAAUCCACUCCAAAGUCAAAUUCAAGAGAAUUAAAAAUGGUAGAUGAACUUACUGACAGAGAUGAUAGUGCAAAUGUUGCAAUUAUUAGAGAAGUUUAUGAAAGUGCAAAUGCACAUGAAGCAUUUGAAUAUGAAUUGGAAAGAGCACUUGAGGCUGAAUAUAAUUUAAUUGUUAUUGAACCAGCUAAAUUAGGUGAUGAGACAUCAAGAUGGAUUGCUGUUGGUAAUUGUUUGCAUAAAACAGCAUCAUUAUCUGGUCUUGGUGCAAUUGUAACUGGACUUGUUUGGAGUGAUCGACCAUAUAUUUGUGGACCACUUGGCAUGGCUGCUGUUAUAACAUGUGGUUUAUACACAGUAUCAUGGCAAUUUGAUCCAUGUUGUCAAUAUCAAGUUGAAACAGAUACAAGUAAAUUACCACAUGUUGAAUUACUUGCUAAACUUGGUCCUUCAUCACCCACAUUUCUCGUUAGAAAAGAUGAUAAAAGAAGAAGGAUAUUACACACAACAAUUACAUUAACAGCAUUUAGCAUUUGUGCAUGGCGACUUUAUCAAGCAUUUCAAUAAACAAUUAUUAUUAUUACAAUAAAAAAAAAAUUUAACAUGGAAAUAAAGGUAAAUUUAACAAUUCAAAAUGAACAAAAAUUAUCAUAGUAAUGAGACAAGUUUAUAGAAAAAAAAUAAAACAAUUAAAAUAGCAAUUAAUUCAUUAAACGAACAUUAUGUUAUAAUAAUCGUACAAAAGUAUAAAAGUAAUUUCACAAAUUGUUCUGAAAUUAUAAAUAGAUCUUUUGUUUUUUUUUUUUUUUUUUUAAACUAAUUAUAAUUUUAUAUUAAUUGCUAUAGCUUUUUUUUUCUAUAUCUUCUUUCUGUGCUUGAAGAUUAUUUAAAAUUAAAUUGAUCAAUUUUAAAGCACAAUAUUUUUUGUUUAUUAUAAAUUUGAGAAAUUUAGUUUAAAAAUGAAGAUGGUAACACAAAUGUUGGCUUAGAAAUGUCGAGUGUUAAUAUAUUUUUUAGGAUGUAAAUACAAGUAGGUAGAAACACAC